AUGGAUAAAAAAUCAAAAAGACGACAAUUACGACAAUUACGACAAUUACACACUGGCCCCAAUUUCGUCAACAUGAUCACUCGGCGAUUUGUACUGGCGUGCCUAAUUUUAUACUGUCUGUUCAUAUCCACUACGUUUGCAGCAAAACCUUCAUUAGAAGUCAAAGUCGCAAAAUUAAAUGAUGCUUCAAAGAAAAACGGCAUUGUUGAUCUGGAUUCGAAUUUGUUCGAUGAAUUUGUCGCUAAACCAAGGAACUACUCUUUUGUAGUCCUCUUGACUGCUAUGGAUUCUCGACUCAACUGCAUUCCAUGCAGGGAAUUUGAUCCGGAAUUUCGUUUGGUUGCAAAGACGUGGAAACAAAUUGGGAACCCGGUCGACCGUGUUUAUUUUGGAUUAUUAGACUUUAUUAAUGGCAAAGAAAUAUUCAAUAAGUUAAAACAAACCAGUGCGCCUUCGUUGUGGUAUUAUGCUCCGACCGAAGGACCAUUUGCUAAACAAGUUACCGAACCCGACAAAUAUGACUUUGGCCGCAAAGGCUUUGGAGCUGAGCCGUUCGCUUCGUUCGUGUCUGCGCAUCUUGGCACGCCCAUUCCGAUUACCCGACCCCCAAAUUAUUUCCUGAUGGCUGUUUACGGAUUGUUAUUCACGGGCUUGUUGGCCUUUUUAAAGAUGGUUUAUCCAAUGAUACAAAAGUUUAUUUGGAACCGAAACGUGUGGGCAGCGUUGUCACUGGUGAUUAUCUUGAUGAUGACAUCGGGACAUAUGUGGAAUCAGAUUCGCACUCCGCCAUAUGUAAUAUCGCAGCAUGGACGGGUCAGUUAUGUCGCGUCUGGAUUUCAGAGUCAAUUCGGAUUGGAAAGUCAAAUAGUGGCAGUCAUGUAUGGCGUCUGCGCACUGUCAACGAUAGCAUUGAUCACGUCUGUGCCAAAGUUGAAUGAUCCGAUUAAACAACGAUUUGGUAUAUAUGUGAGUAUAUUAUGGACCGGCAUUCUUGUCGCAAUGUUUAGUUUAGUUUUCGCUCUCUUUAGAGUUAAGCAGCCUGGAUACCCGUUCAGACUGUUUAUAUAG